AGGUUGUCACUUCCCAUCCUUGGUUGUGUGUUCAUAACUUAGAGCCUGAGAGAAACUAACCUGGGGAUUCAGAAGUUCCUGAUGAGGAAAGCUUCAAGUUUCCUGACUAAAUGACUUUUCAGGCUUCCAGAAGUUGAUUAGCCUCCAGAGAGAAGGAUGAAAGUUCUGUUCAGCUUUUCUUUGCCAGUAUCCCUUGUGUAUCUUUGAACUUUUAGAAAUUGUACCUUAGUGGAUAGCUAACUUUCCUUGGGGGCAGAUAUAGGAAAGAUAGAAGGAAGCAGAGAAUAUAAGAGAAGGAGACAAGUGAACUUUCCAUAACAACAUGAUUGCUGGAUGUUUGCUUAAGCUUCACUGUGCGUGGACAGUGUUCUUCCUUAUGAAUGGGAAAAGGAGCCGCUGGUUCUGUCUUAUUGCCUUCGGUCUGGACUAGCCAGGAGAUUGUCAGUGUGGGUAGUCCCUGGAAAGGCAAUGAAUUUUCUAGUUGUGUCCCUUGUCUGGAGAUGUCUUCCAGGGGCUGUGAGCUACAGAACAGUAAAGCACCAUCAUGGAAGUGCUUGGCUUGUCACCUUCUAAGGACCCAGAUACACUGAAGAGAAACUGAGGAGCUGUACAAAGGGUGAAGACUUCUCAGGACAGAUGGAAAUUGAAGAUUAAAGUUUGACCCCCCUCACUCAGUCUGACCUCUUCCUUGCUUGCUUGCAGAAAACUUAUUCAGUAAGGUUUCACAAGGAACAAGGACUCAGAACUAAAUGUUGGGGAAUCACACUAGUGCCACUGAAUUUUAUCUUGUUGGUUUUCCUGGCUCUGUAAACCUACGCCACAUCCUUUUUGCUACCUUCUGCUUUUUUUACUUAGUGACCUUAGUGGGAAACACGGUCAUCAUUGUGAUCGUCUGUGUUGAUAAACGUCUUCAGUCCCCCAUGUAUUUCUUCCUUGUUCACCUCUCCAUCCUGGAAAUCCUGGUUACAACUGUUAUUGUGCCCGUGAUGCUCUGGGGGCUGCUGCUCCCUGGAAUGCAAAGUAUAUCUUUGGCUGGGUGUGUUGCCCAACUUUUUCUGCAACUUGCUCUGGGGACCACGGAGUUUUCUUUGCUUGGAGCAAUGGCCGUGGAUCGUUAUGUAGCUGUCUGUAACCCUUUGAGGUACAGUGUCAUCAUGAACAGUCGCACCUGCAACUCUGUGGUAAUUGUGUCAUGGGUCUUUGGGUUCCUUUUUCAAAUCUGGCCAGUUUAUGCCACAUUUCACCUUAACUACUGCAAAUCAAAUGUGGUGGAUAAUUUCUUCUGUGACCGAGGCCAGUUGCUCAAAUUAUCCUGCAAUAAUACUAUUUUCAUAGAGUUUAUCCUUUUUCUAAUGGCAGUCUUUGUUCUUUUUGGUUCUCUGAUCCCCACAAUUGUCUCCUACACCUACAUCAUUGCCACCAUCCUCAAGAUCCCCUCAGCUUCUGGCCGGAGGAAAGCCUUCUCCACCUGUGCCUCCCACUUCACCUGCGUCGUCAUUGGCUACGGCUGCUGCUUGUUCCUCUAUGUGAAACCCAAGCAGACCCAGGCAGCCGACUACAAUAGGGUGGUUUCCUUGAUGAUUUCGAUCGUAACUCCUUUCCUCAACCCUUUCAUCUUCACACUCCGUAAUGACAAAGUCAUAGAAGCCCUUCGGGAUGGAGUGAAACGCUGCUACCACUUCUUCAAGAGCUAGUCUUAUCCUGAGGUAUCUACAUGGCCAAAACACAUGUUACAAAUCCUGGAAUAAUCUGAGAAGACCAUCUCCGAGGUACACCACAAUCACCAUCAUUAUCAAAUAAUCUGUGUUCAAAGACUAAAUUGUGAUCACAUUUUUUUUUAUUAUAUUACCAGAUUCUCCCCCUCCC